AUGACACCUCACAGAAGAAAUUCGCUUGAUAGCCAAACUCCUCAGCCAGAUGAGUUGCCCAUCUGUAUCCUAGUUGUCCUCUUCUUGCUCCUGUACAACAAGCCCGAGUCGCCUUUCAACACACCUGGAGAUGAUACAGAGCACUCACUUCUGCCCGGCCAAAUGAAAACCAGCAGUUCCGCCCCUCACCACUUUCGCUCAUCGAAUCACCAGAUGGCACGGCAGGAUCUGCGGUGGAAACUGCUUGCCCGACAACAAGUCGCGAACUGGCAGAGAGACGCGGAAGACAAGGGCUUGAUCUCACCAAAUGAGAAACCAGCAGACAUGGCCCCUAUCUGGACGAGACUGCAAGGUUUGAAGAAGAAAAAUGGGCCAAGAUUGAAACGAGCGUGCCAGUUCCUUCACAGUGGCUCCCGUCAGCUUUCCCGUAUGCUUCUGAGCGCGGAUCCGCUCUUGCAGAAGCCGGGGACAGUCCCAAACACCAAGCCACAGAUCGCAUGCAAGAUGCGAGCAAUCUCGACGAAGCAAAAGAAUUCUUGGGCGCAAAAAGAUUCUUUGCCGAUUUUUGCGCUUAGAUGGCUUGCUGUGAAACUUUCCGAAAAGUCUACCGAGACAGCAACAGUAGACUUUUGGAGAGUGGCGACUCUGAUAGCACAACACUGUGCUGCUUGA